GUUUGUUGUUGCUUCUGUGCGUUAUUUAAACAAGACUGCAUUAAUUUGCCGACAAUAAAAAUAUUCAAUUUGAAUUUAAAAAUAUAGUUUAGUAACAAAUAUCGAGUUCAACAUGUCGCUACUGAUCAGAGCCGCUAAAACUGCACAUCAGCUCAUUCAUAAGGUACCUGUGCGACAUUUGAAUUUACUGGAGUUCCAGUCAAAGGAUUUAUUGCAAAAAUAUGGUGUGGCUAUACAACAGUUCAAAGUCUUGGAUAAUUCAAAAACUGAUGCGCAAGUCGUUCAAACAUUUGAUUGUCCCGAGUAUGUGGUCAAGGCACAGAUUCUAGCCGGCGGACGCGGCAAGGGAACCUUUGAUAAUGGCUUCAAGGGAGGCGUGCACAUAACCUCAAACAAGAGCGAAGUUCUUUCGCUGAGCAAACAAAUGAUUGGGAAUCGUCUGAUAACGAAGCAGACACCCAAAUCGGGUAUAAUGGUCAACAAGGUGAUGGUGGCACGUAGCAUCAACAUAACCCGGGAGACUUAUCUCUGCAUUUUACUGGAUCGCGAGCACAAUGGACCCGUGUUGAUUGCCUCUCCCGCCGGUGGCAUGGACAUUGAGGCCGUGGCCGAGGAGACACCCGAGAAACUGAAGACUGUGCCCCUGGACAUUGCCAAGCCGAUUCCCGAGAGCGUGCUGCUGGAUGUGGCCAAGUUUCUGGAGUUCAAGGGUGAUGCUGUCAAGCGUUGUGCGGAUGAAAUUCAAAAGCUCUACACACUUUUCAAAGCUGUGGAUGCUGUGCAGAUUGAGAUUAAUCCUCUAGCGGAGACUGAUAAGGGAGAAGUCAUCUCGGUGGAUGCCAAGCUGAAUUUUGAUGACAAUGCGCAGUUCAGACAGAAGGACAUCUUCAACUUGGACACUACCGAAGAGGACUCGGAUCCACGUGAAGUGGAAGCAGCCAAAUAUAAUCUCAACUAUGUGGCCAUGGAUGGAAAUAUUGGAUGUCUGGUAAAUGGCGCCGGACUCGCCAUGGCCACCAUGGACAUUAUUAAACUCAGUGGCGGUGAACCCGCCAACUUCUUGGAUGUCGGUGGCGGAGUCAAUGAGGAUCAGGUCGCCAAGGCCUUUGAGAUACUCACAUCCGAUCCGAAAGUCAAGGGAAUUCUGGUGAAUGUCUUUGGCGGCAUUGUCAAUUGUGCCACCAUUGCUAAUGGCAUUGUAGCGGCUUCCAAGAAGCUAAAACUCAAUGUACCACUCGUAGUGCGCCUGGAAGGCACCAAUGUGACCAAAGCUCGGGAGAUUUUGAAAAACUCCGGUCUGCCCAUUCAGACAGCCAGCGAUUUGGAUGAUGCGGCCCAAAAGGCAGUGGCUGCACUUUAAAUUUAAGAAUGAACUUUAUCAAAGACGCACAGUGUUGAGCAUUUAAAGGGACAAAACACAAUAAUUUUACGUUUGAAAGACUUUUUUAAAUAUAUAAAAUAUAUUUACACCGUUAA